AGUAGUGGUGGGUGCACAGGCUAGGCAAUAUAAAAAUAGUUUGGAACCUGUCAUUUUUUCAAGUGUGUUGUGGAAGUGAAUGUAUUAAUUAUUUUUUAUUUUCUCUAUUAAAUCCCAUUAGACUUUUUAAUGAUUACAAGUUUUCACAAUUGAAUUUAUGGUAAUUUUUCAAGUGUGAAACAAUUUGUCUACUAUCAAAACAAGAAGAUCGUACAAUAAAUAUGGCUGACGAACGUAGAAGACUAUUAAAAUUAAGUUUUCAAGCUGACACAGUGAAAACCCCACCAAUAAUAAAACCACAAAGUGCACCAGACCGAACAAGAGAACGAAUUCGUUUACAAGCAAGCGGUAAAAUUCAAACUGCUCCAGGCACAACUUACGAUUUUACUUCAGAUGAUCUGCAAGAUUUAGGUGAGAUUGGGCGUGGAGCGUAUGGAGCAGUUAACAAAAUGAUAUUUCGUCGUACAAACACCACAAUGGCUGUGAAGCGAAUAAGGUCAACAGUCGAUGAAAAAGAACAAAAACAAUUGUUAAUGGACUUGGAAGUGGUAAUGAAAUCAAAUGACUGCAACUACAUUGUUCAAUUCUAUGGAGCUCUAUUCAAAGAGGGUGACUGUUGGAUUUGCAUGGAGCUGAUGGAUACAUCUUUGGAUAAAUUUUAUAAAUUUAUAUGUGAAAGACAAUGUGAACGUAUACCCGAAUCAAUCUUGGCUAAGAUAACUUUGGCAACCGUAAAAGCCUUGAAUUAUCUAAAACAAAAACUGAAUAUCAUCCAUAGAGAUGUGAAACCGAGUAAUAUUUUAUUACACAGACGUGGAGAUAUUAAAUUGUGCGAUUUUGGUAUUUCUGGGCAGUUGGUCGAUUCAAUUGCACGAACCAAAGACGCUGGUUGCAGACCUUAUAUGGCGCCUGAAAGAAUUGAUCCCCAGCGAGCUAAAGGUUAUGAUGUUCGCAGUGAUGUCUGGUCACUUGGUAUUACUUUGAUUGAAAUUGCAACCGGACGAUUUCCAUACCCAAAAUGGGGAAGUGUAUUUGAGCAAUUAUAUCAGGUUGUUCAAGGUGACGCCCCACGUUUAACAACAUCUUAUAAUAAUAUAGAAUUCUCUGAAGAAUUUGUGGACUUCGUCAAUACAUGUUUAAUUAAAGAAGAGAGCAACCGUCCGAAAUAUUCCAAACUUCUACAACAUCCAUUCAUUCAACGUGGUGAACGCAGUUAUACUGAUGUGGCAACCUAUGUUAGUGACAUUCUUCAAGCUAUGAUACUACAUGGGAUAACUUGCUUUACUGCUGAUGAACCUGCGGAAUGUUGGUUUGAAUGAUGAAUAUGUUACUUUAGCGUUUAAUAAAAACUUUGAAUUUCAA